GCGCGCCCUCUCCGCCGCAUCCGUCCAUCCGUCCGUCACUCCUUCCUGCACCCAUGGCUGGCCCUAGUGGCGCCCGGACGCCCCAGCGGCUGCUCCUGCUGCUUCUCGGACUCAUACAUGUUGCAUCUUCAAUAUUUGUGGUGAAAAAUGAAACUGAAACUUCGUGCAUAAUGGCUAACUUCUCAGCUGCUUUUUUUGUGAACUACAGCAGUGAGAGUGGUAUUGUGAAUACAACUUUUGAACUUCCACAAAAUGCAGUGGUAUUGAAUAGCAGCAGUUGUGGUAAAGAGAAUGCUUCUAAUCCCAUCCUAGUGAUUGGUUUUGGAAAAGGACAUACUUUGACUAUGAAUUUCACAAGGACUCCAAAGAGUUACCAAGUUCAACUAUUACGUUUCACUUUUAACUUGUCGGAUGAAGCUUUCUUCCAUAAUGCAAGUAAAAGUUCCGAAGAAGUGAGUGUGGAAUCCAAAACUGAUAUUCAGGCAGACAUAGAUAAAAAAUACAGAUGUGUCAGCAGUAACCAAAUAACUAUGAAUAAUGUAACAGUUACCCUCAGUGAUGUCACCAUUCAGGCAUACCUUUCAAAUAACAGCUUCAGCAAGGAAGAAACUCGUUGCAGUCAGGACAAACCUUCCCCAGCCCCAGUGCCUACUACACACCCAACAACUGCACCUAUACCAGCACCUACCACACCUCCUACACCAGAAACUCCAGCUGUUUCCAAGUAUAAUGUGAGCGGCCCAAAUGGAACCUGUCUGCUUGCCAGCAUGGGCUUACAACUGAACAUCACCUAUGAGAAAAAAGACAAUACGAGUGUUAGAAGAAUAUUUAAUAUCAACCCAAAUAAGACUGCUGUAAAUGGAAGCUGUAGCCCGAAAGUGGCAGUCUUGGAGCUGUACACUGAAAAUUCCACUCUUGUUUUCCGUUUUGGAAUGAAUGCAACUACCAGCAAGUUUUUCCUGCAAGGGAUCCUCUUAAAUACAACUUUGCCUGAUGCUAAACAACCCACUUUUGAAGCUUUCAAUGAUUCAUUGAAGGAGCUACAAGCCACUGUAGGGAAUUCUUACAAGUGUAAUGCAGAAGAAAAUGUUCAAGUCACAGACUCAUUUUCAGUCAACAUAUUCAGAGUUUGGGUCCAGGCUUUCAAAGUUGAAGGUGACAAAUUUGGAUCAGUGGAGGAAUGUCUUCUGGAUGAAAACAACAUGCUGAUCCCCAUAGCUGUUGGUGGCGCGCUUGCUGGACUGGUCCUCAUUGUCUUGAUUGCUUAUCUCAUUGGAAGAAAGAGAAGUCAUGCUGGAUAUCAGACAAUUUAAUGAUUGCACUUAUUUAUCCACCACUAUAGAUCAACAGUAGUUGCAAGAAGCCUAUGGUUCAUUUCCCUGAGCUUAAAUUGGUAUUGAAAGGGAGUCACACUUUCUUGUAAACUACUGUCCCCUUCCUCCCCUCCCCCCCAUCAAAGUCUGCUUUAUCAAAUGUGAAGUCCAUCUUGCAACAUUUACUAUGCACAAAAGAGUAUCUUCUGAAAUGAUGGUGUUAAUUUUGCUAACUUGGUUAAAUAUUUUGCUAACUGGUUAAAGAUUAAUAUUUACCAAAGUAGACAUGUAAGCUAAGGUUAAGAGUGCUUUUCUAAAUUGGCAUUGACUUCAUUAUCAUUUAACUUUUUAAGACUGGUGUUCAUUUAUUUCAUUCUUUACUUCAGAUUUAAGCCUCAUAAAGGGAAAACUUCAGUCUUACUACUUAUAGCUGCCCUGUGAUGUAAGUUAGCAAAUUGUUAUGCUGAUACACUUAAGAAAUUCAAAUAACAACUGAGAAAUCAAAAACUAAACAUUUUAAAGUACUACAGAAGGCAGGGCUCUGAAACUCUUUAAAUUAAGCUUUAAAAACCAGAAAAUGCCUGGCAUGUGCAGAGGGUGAGCAAUGCAAUAUUCAGACCUUAUAAUAGGAAUUCAAUUGGACAAAAUAUUUCUUUGGUAUUUUUAAUGCUCUGCCACUUAAAGAGAUGGUACUUUUUUAAAAUAAAAUGGGUGUUAUUUUUAUUUACAUUUUUUGUAAAGUGAAUUUCACUCUUCUGUUUGAAGUUCCAGGGUGAUCCUAUUUCUGCACAUGUGUACAAUAUAGAUUUCACUCUGCUGAUUUAUCUGCUUAAAGCUUGGUUGGGGUUGUACACUUUAAGGAUCAGUUCAUAUGUAUGCAUUGCCUGUAACAAUGCUAAUAAAAAAUUCUUUUUCUUUGUUUGUC